UCAUGUCGAUAUUUUGUGGGAUAGGCCAGGGUUUGUCUGGAGACUCCUGUGUAUUUUAUCCGUUUACGAGUAUAUCCGCGUCAGUUAAAACCGUCGUCACAUGAGUCAGCUUGUGCUAAAACAUUGUUAUUCUUGUUUGACAUGACUUUAGAAGAUCCGUUUUACGUCGUCAAAGAUGAGGUGUUCAAAGCGUUGAACAAAACUCGUGGCCUGUACCUGCGGUGGCAAGAGAUCUCCAAGGCGCCUACUAUUCCAAACAGUCCUGAAGUGGAAUGGACUUCCACCGAGUUAAGAAAUGCACUUCGUAGUAUCGAAUGGGAUUUAGAGGACUUGGAAGAUACUAUUAGUAUUGUUGAGAAGAAUUCUUCUAAAUUCAAGAUAGACAACAAGGAAAUUUGCGAUCGUAGAAGUUUCAUUGAGGCUACAAAACAAGAAGUGAAGGUUAUGAAAGGUAAAAUGAGCCUCAACAGAAAUCGCGAUAACGACGGCACUGCACGGGAGCCUCUCCUUGGGGAAGAGAGCCCCAUGCACUUUGGCAACUACUGGACCGCUACCCCCAAGUAUUCUAAGUACUCGAAGCUUGCAAACCAAACCGAUAGCCCAAAUAGAUUCGAUGCCUACGACAACGAUAUCUUGUCUAUGCAGGAAAAGAUGCUGAGCAGUCAAAAUGAUCAGUUGCAAGUUAUAAGCGACUCUGUCGGUUCAUUGAAGACUGUAUCCAAGCAGAUUGGCAUCGAACUUGACGAACAGGCUGUAAUGCUAGAUGACUUGAAUACUGAACUUGAAAAUGCUGAUUCUAAAUUAGACUCCACUAUAAAGAAGGUCGCUAAAGUGCUGCAUAUGAACAAUGAUCGUCGUCAAUGGCUGGCUAUAGGCAUUCUGGUGGGGCUUCUAGUACUUAUAUUAAUACUAUUCGUUAUAAUUUGAACACGAUCAAUGUUAGAUUUAAGUGAUGUAACGUUUAUGUAUGUAAAAAUUAUUUCAAAAUCAAAUACAUUCAAUUUAUCUUUAGCAUCAUUGUUAGAGGAUCUAAUAGUCUGUCUAUAUUACAUUUCCUCUGGGUUUCAAACUGUUUCAAUACAAGUCAUUUCCAAACAACAACAAUAUUAUGUAGACAUUUAAAAUUGACGUUUAAUUAUAUGAAUGUAAAAGAAGUCCUUCGUGGAACUAGUAUAAGUAGUAUCAAAAUUUAAUAUAGUGAAAUUAAAAAAAAUAUUAAAUUACCCUACAACUAUUCCUACUAACUAUUCGUUUUCUUCCAUAUAUACUUGAAUUCAACUUGUAUUAAAUGUAGAUAGUACUGUUUACCGUGCAUUUCAAUCAUACUUCUACAGUGUUUUAAAUAUCGAUAGUUCAGUUCUCAUAAACAGUAAUUAAGUAAUAUAAAAAAAAAUUGGUGUCAAAUAUGAUAAAAUCUUUACAGUUUGUUCGCAUCCAAAUGCUAAAAAGCGUCUCUCGGUUACCAAAAUGCCAGGGUUACAGUUGUCUAGCUUAGUUAGCUCUGGUGUAUUUGGCGUAAAGCUUAUUUAAAUAGCUGUAAGAUAAAUAUAAAAUUAUAUGAUUGUCACAAUUAUGAACUAAGCCAUCGAUAUGUGAAAGUAAAACAUCUCUAUUUUUCUAAAAUAAAUAAUCUUCGAAGUUAUCUAUUUUCUACAAUUCUGUAAUUAUAUUUAGUAAAGGUAAUAAUCAUUUUCUUGUAUGCUUGUAAUUGCUUAUCGGCUAUUUAAUGAUACAUCUCAGCAGUUUCGCUAAUAUGAAUUUCUGUGUGUUUAAGUUUGAUCUCAAUAAAGUUUUCAAACAAACCCCUUGAGUACUGUUACAUACAAGCGUAAUGAAGCGAACCUUUAACAGAUUUAAUUUAUUAAAAUAUCGGCUUGUGUUUCAUGUACUUAUUCAUUUGAAAAUGACCUUUAGCACUGACUCUUAGUACGUGCCAAAGGUCAUAUUCAAAUUACUAUCAAUCGAAAUUACUUUCCAUAGUAGACUGACCGGUUUCUUAAAUUCACAUUGUUGCAAUCCGGGUUUUAAAAACUUAACUUUGUAGUAAAUUUCUAACAGUUUUUGAUCUAAUAAUAACCAACCCGGCUAAUGAUUAGACGCUUAUAAGUCGUUUUUUGUGGGUAGUAUUACUCAAAUUUAAAAUAUUAACAUAAACUGACCCUGUAACAAUAUAUGUCUAUUAUUGCUUUAAUGUUCCAAUUAGGUAACUGUGUAAUGUAUACACAUGACGCUUCUGUAUAAUGGUAUAGGGGUUUGAUUAUGUCUGUGUAUGUACCAUGUGAGUUGCAUAUAUUAGA